UCACCGAACACGGUUUCGUAAUUGGUCUAGAAUUAUCAUUCCAGAAAGUCUGCCCAAUAAGAGAGAGACAGGGAAAAAAGAGAGAGAGAUGUCACCGGAGUUGGUCGGGAAUUCGCCGGGAAAUGACGCGGCUGGGAUGAAUUUCGAGGAGACGGAGCUGACGUUAGGCUUACCCGGCGAAUGCCGGAGUCAAAGCUCCGGUGGGACGAAGCGCGGGUUUUCAGAGACGGUUGAAUUGAAACUUGGGAGCUCUGUGGAUGAGAGUUGUGAGGAUGGAGAAAAUAGUGAGAUCUCUCAGACAGCCAAACCUCCCACCACAAAGGCUCAAGUAGUAGGCUGGCCGCCGGUGAGAUCAUCCAGGAAGAACAUGACCGUUGUAAAGAGUAGUUGCAAGUACGUGAAGGUGGCCGUCGACGGAGCACCUUAUCUCAGAAAAGUCGAUCUAGAAACGUACAACAGCUACCAGCAGCUCUUGAGCUCAUUAGAGGAGAUGUUCACCUGCUUCACCAUUCGUAGUUACCUGAAUGAGAGGAAGCUAAUGGACCCGGUAAACGGGUCGGAGUACGUACCCACUUAUGAAGACAGAGAUGGGGACUGGAUGCUAGUUGGCGAUGUUCCAUGGAAAAUGUUUGUGGAAUCAUGCAAGCGUCUAAGGCUGAUGAAAAGCUCUGAGGCAAUUGGUUUAGCCCCAAGGACACCUACUACUAAAUGCUCAAGCAGCAGCACGUACGAGUUGCCGAUGAAGUCUUAGAUAUAUGUGCAUGGAUUCCUAAUUAAUUUGCACGUACAGAGGCUUUAAUAUGUUUUUCCCUUUUAAUUAAGGUGUAUAGGAGAUUAAUUAUGAGUAAGAUAAGAUACAUUUCUGCAUUCUAUUAGUUGGUAUAUUUUUUGUUUUUUUGAUAACUCGGUGUCCGGACCAGUUAGUAUAUUUUUGUUGGUGAAAUAUUGUUUGUAUUUCC